AUGAGGGGAGGCAAGUUCCAGCAGAAGGUGGUGGAGGAUGGCAGCACGCGGAACUCGGAAUCGCUUUUCGAGACGCGUUCUAUCGCGGAUAUCGUGGCGAUCGAGGCGCGCACGAGGAAGGAGGUGGAGGAGAAGAAGGAGGAGCUGCGACAGCUGGUCGGCGCGAGCUAUCGCCAUCUGAUCGAAUCCGCGGAUUCGAUUCUCGAUAUGCGCAGGUCGUGCGAGGCCGUGGUGCGCAAUGUGGCAGCCAUGGAGUCCGACUUUUCGCUGCUGCACAAAACCAUCUCCACCACCGCCACCACCACCCCUGCUGCUGAUGCCAAACGCAAGCGAAAGGAGGCUCUGUACGCGCUGGGCAGCCGAGUCAAGUAUCUGGUGGACACUCCAGAGAAGAUCUGGGGGUGUCUGGACGAGCGAAUGUUCCUGGAAGCUGCGCAGCGGUUCAUGCGCGCAUGGGAGGUGCACCAGCUGCUGUCGCCCUCCCCGGCUGAUGGAGCAGCAGCAGGGGGAGGGUGGCAGGCGCAGCAGCAAGGGUUGAUGGCGUCUUUUCCGCUGCUGCGGCAUCAGUGGCCGCUUGUGGAGACGUUUCGCACCCAGAUUGUUGAAAGGAGCAGGGAGUGUCUGCAUGAUGCAUCCCGCAUUCCAGCAGCCGGGGUGGGGGAGUAUGCAGCAGCACUGGCAGCAGUGGCAGUGAUGGAAGAGCUCUCGUCCCACGACCUCCUCGCUCUCUUCCUUGAUGCUCGUAGAGCGUGCCUGCGCUCCCAGCUCGCCUCUGCCACCUCAGCUCUGGGCGCUGGGGGGAGUUUUGCUGAUGCGCUGGCAUCACUGCUCAGCCAGCUGGUUGCCAUGAUUCAGCUCACGCUGUGCCAGACGGGGCAGCUGUUCCUGGAGGUGUCCUCAGCCGAACGAGCAGUGCUGCUGGGGGUGCUGCUGCAAGGAGCACCGCAGGCGCAGCUGUUUGGCGGCAUCCCGCGCCCCGACAGGGAGCUCGCGCUCUGGCACCGCCACAGGGAUGCUCUGGAAUCCCGAUUGCCGUCCCUCAGCAGCAAAGAGGUGGCAGAGGCUUGUCAAAAUUGGCUGAAAGCAUGCGCUGCUGACAUUGCUGCCGAAUCCAGGAACCUUCUCAGCAGGGUCACCCAGAUCCGCCACCUGGCGCAAGCAGAGGCCGCCACGCGUGCAGCGAUUGCCAACAAGGACAUCUUCUCCGCCAGCCUGGACUGGCUGACGUCAGCCUUCGGCUCUCCCCCUGAGUCCCCCUGGCGGGCCCUCUGCGAGCUGCUACUAAAGGAGCCUAAGGACCUAUGGAGCGAGUUAUUUGAGGCGGCGUUCGCACUUAGAGCGCGGGAGAUCAUUGAUGGGGCGUUCGCGGGUGAAAAGGCAGCAGGUUUGGCAGGAGGAGACAGGAGGUUCGGGGCAGGUUGGGCGAGGCUACCCCCUCUCACUGACGUUAUAGGCCAAUCAGGGUUCGAAGAAACAGGCGGGUUUGCCGUUGGGGAGGCAGUUUGGGGCAGCCUGGGAGAGGAGUUGGGUGCGGUGGGGCUGGGUAAAGGUGGGGGACCGGGAGGAGCAGGCGGAGGGGGGAAGGAGGGUGGGAAAGAGGGUGGGAAGGAGGGACGGAGGGGGAAUGGAGAGGCGGUUUUGCGUGGCACACAGGUGUACGAGCCACAGGUGGCAGUGGUAUGGCAGCAACUAGACUCCAAAAUCCAGGAGAUUCUGCUAGAUGCCCUCACGCUCCUCCUCCCACACUCUGCACUCGCUCCCUCUGCCCAUCAAUCCAUCUCCUCCUCAUCCUCUUCAUCGGAUUUCUCUACCCCUGCCUCCGCCGCCGCCGCUUCAGCAGCUUCGGCGGCGUCCCGAACCAAGGAGCUGGCGCCGUACCUGCAGGAUCGGUGCCACGAAUGUGUGAUGCGGCUGGUUAGGCUGCUGGCAAGCAGGCUUGGGGACCUACAGAAGCAGCAGCAGGCAGAGCAAGUGGAGAGGGCGGAGGGGCCGGAGGGGGCGGAGGGGGGAAGGAGAGGAGAGGGAGAGAAUGGCAGUGUUGAGAGCAGCACUGAAGGCGUGGCAGCAACAGCAGCAGGGGAAAGAUCACCAUCCAACGGUCCAGAUGCAGCGAAUGCUCCUCGGAGGUUAUCCGCGCAAGUGGCGGUCGAACAGGCUCUCCUGAUUGGCCGGCUUGCGGCGGCUGUAGCACAGAGCUCGUCCUCCCUAGCUGUAGCGCUUGGCCCCAGUUCCACCUGGCCGGCUGUAGCAGCAGCUGCUGCCGCUACAGCCAGUGGCGAUACUGCCGCAUCGGUUGAUUCAACUGCUGCUGGAGCAACCUCAGAAGCUAGUACUGGGGCGGUUUAUAACGGGGAUGCUGGGAGGGAUGGGGCGAGGGCAGGGGAGCCAGUGUUACAGUGGCCAGCCCAGGAAGUUGUUGGGAGUAUUAUUGCAGCAGCGGUGGCAGGAGGGGGGGGUGGUGGCAGUGGGAGUGGCGGUGGCGGUGGUGGUGGUGGGUUCAGCUGGAUGGGUGGUGGUGGUGUGGGAUUUGGAGGAGUGGGAGGGGGGUCGGGCAGGAGGGGUGGGAGGAGGGUGACGGAACUUGCUGCUGUUACGGCGAGAUCGGCUGAAUUCGCUCGGCUGCAUGAGAUUCAAAGGGAGCUGCGGCGGCUGAGCAUCUUGGCCCACUCGCACUGGGUGACCCACAGCACCCGCCUGCUCGCCUCCGCUUUCAGCCGCAAUCUCAUGCACGAUCCAGCUCUCACCACCGCAACUCCCCUCAAGGGCUGGGAGGAAACAGUGGUGCAGCAGGAGGGGGAGGAGGGCGAGGCCAAGGUGGAGAUGCGAAUGACCCUCCCAGCCUGCCCCUCGCCCUACGUGGCUUCGCUGCUCUUUGCCGCCUCUGCUGAUGUGCACCGCGUGGGCUGCCACUCCCUUGACCGCCUCGUGCUGAGGCUGUUUGCAUGGGAACUCUCAGAGCAGGUUCUGGCAGCCUACGAAGCCAUUGCCUCUGCUAAGCGUGCAUCAGAGAAGGGAGUGCUGCAGCUGCUCUUUGACGCGCGUCUGCUAUCAGACGUGCUCUCAGGAGGGGCAGAGCUGCCUCUGGAAGCACUCAGAGAAGGAGCAGGGGCAGCAGCAGCAGCAGGCGGGGCUGCGGCAAGGGUGGGGGCAGCACAUCAACGGCUCACAACGCACGUGGCCGCGCUGCUGGAGAAGCUGCAGGAGGAGCUGGACCCCAUCGACAGAGCUGCUGAGAGAACUUGCCAGGCAGGCUGGAAGAAACGAGUGGCGGCGCUGCAGGAGAAGCUGCAGGCGAAGGUGGAUCCCAUCGACAGAGCUGCCUGCCUGCCCUUCCUGUGGCAGAACCAGCUAUGUGCACGCUUCUACCUGCGCUCAGCAGUGCUCUUCUCUUUAGCCAUCUGGCCUAUCUCCUCUCUCACUCAUUGUCCCCAUGCACCCUACCAUCCACCCCGUCCUCCCCUCUCUUCCCCCUCUCCCCUCUCACCCCCCCUGCCCCAGCUAUCUGCCCUUCCUGUGGCAGAACCAGCAGCGCUUCUACCUGCCCUCAGCACUACCUGCCCUUCCUCUGGCAGAACCAGCAGCGCUUCUACCUGCGCUCAGCACUAUCUGCCCUUCCUGUGGCAGAACCAGCAGCGCUUCUACCUGCGCUCAGCAGUGCUCUUCGGCCAUCUGGCCCAGCUGCAUCGCCUCUACACCGAUGCUGCCCCGCGCCAUCCCUACGCCACAGACGCCAACACUCUCGACACCGCACCGACCGUCCCCCGUUUCACCUUCCUCCCUAUAAGCUCGCCACUUCUGGCCAAUGGCGGGCUGGCACCUGGCGGUAAGCCCCGCCGUCCAUCCACCUUUGGAGACGUCUCACUAUCCGUUUCUGGUUCAAGCAGCAACAGUGGUGCUCCAGUUUCCCGAGUGCCUAGUGGGUCAGGGGCAGGGGUAGCUGCAGCAGCAGCAGGUGGUGGUGGGUUUGGAGGGGUUGGAAGCGGUGCGUGGGGAGAAGAUGGGGCUCUUGGAGGGGCGUUUUCGUUUGCAGAUUCGACGGGGCUUUCUGCAACACCCAUUUUCAAGUCACUUAUGGGUCAGGUCAAACUGGGGUCGAUCCUCGGGGAUGGCAGUCAAGUGACGCGCAACAUUUCCAAUCUACAGGAGAUGUUCAACCAGCCCUCGCAAGCAGCUGGGCUGUUCUCAUCACUUACGAGUGCCGCUGCUGGCAGCUCCUCACGCCUGCAAGAGCUGUUUUGA